AUGCAAUACAGGAGACCCUUCUACGCGGACUGUCGCCUCUCACUGCGACCGAUUGUACCCGUUGACUACACUUGGUACUUCGAAGGUCGAGUCUUCUCUCGUGGUGAACGUCUAAGCAUUCCGGAACUCAAUGAGCACACGAUGGGUGACUACACCUGUCAGGCACGAUUCAGACCAGCGGACGGUUCCACUGUGGAAACGACGGCGAGUAUUUCUCUGCGGUAUACUCCUCCACUUUCCGCUAUUCGUGAGGCCCCUGUGAAAGCGAAAGUGAGCAUAGAUCGGCUCACCGAACGAAUGGAAUACCAGAAACCUUUCUACGCUGACUGCGGAGUUAGCCCUCCGCAGCCAAAUCCAGUACAGUACACCUGGUACUUCCAGGGACGGGUGUAUUCUCGCGGAGAACGGCUAAGAAUACCCGAACUGAAUGAGCGCACUGUUGGGAAUUACACCUGCCAGAUUAAAAUCAUGCCCGCGAUGGGUCCCCCUGUUGAUGCAGCGGAGAGCCUAUUGGUGAAUUACAGUCAACCAGUUUCCGCAUAUAUGCAGUCUGAGGACAAACGCUUGGUUAUUGAUCAGCUGAAUGAAUGCAAUACUGGGGAGUACACUUGUCGAGCAACCAUGAGUAAUCGGUUAAAUGUACCAAUUGACGCCAAUGCUACCACAACCGUCGGAUAUUCGCGUACGCCAGCAGGUCGACCAGUUCAACAGGACUUCUCGGUGCGCAUCGAGCCGCUUACUGCAAACCCCGAGUACAGAUCUCCCUACUAUGCAGAAUGUCACAUUACUCCGCAGCCACCUCAGCCAGUCCGUUUCGCAUGGUACUUUAAAGGACGGUUACAUUCAGAGGACAAACGCUUGGUUAUUGAUCAGCUGAAUGAA